AUGAAUGAAACUACAGACAAACUUAACUCUUCUCUUAUUCUUCCUUUCAGCAAAGAUUAUGAGUUCUGUUCAAAUGGUGUUUAUUUCUAUUGUGGAAAGAUGGGUUCAGGUAAGACAUUUAACCUCAUUCGUCAUAUACUCAUAACAGAACGUUUAGGAAAUGACUCAUAUUAUGACCAAAUCAUUAUAUCAGCAACUUCAGACUCUAUGGACUCAACAGCGAAAACAUUUAUGUCAAAAGUUCAAGCCUCUGUCGUUAAAGUUCCAGACAGUGAACUCAUUGAAUUUCUUCAACGUUACAUUCGACGUAAGAGGAAAUAUUAUGCCAUCGUUGAAUUUAUACAGUCAGGAAUGCAAAAGACUUCAGAAGAGAUGGAAAGAAUUAUUGACAAACACCACUUACGUCAAUACUCAGGAGUUUACGAUAUGAAACGACUUACAAACUACAUUCUGUCAAAACUUUCAAAAUACCCCUUCAAAAAGUAUCCUUCAAACACUCUGCUCGUUUGCGACGACUUCGCCGGAAAAGGUUUAGUGUCAAAGCCUGACUCACCAUUAGCUAACAUCAUUACUAAA